AUGAAGUUCUUCGCUCCGAUCUUCGCUGCCGUCGCAAUGCUCGCAGCUCAAGUGAGCGCCAACGGCGUCUGCUACGACCCGAACCACGCCGCGAGCGGCGCCAUGGACGCCAGCAGCGUCAACCAAGACAUAAAGACCCUAAAGAGCCAGGGCUUCACCGCAGUCCGCACGUACAUCUCUAAGUUCGGCAACACGAACCUGGGCCAGACCAUUGCAACACACAACAUCACGGUCGCUCUGGGCGUGCCGUACCCUCAGUCCGACUACGUUGAGCAGAAGGACGCUGCUCUCACGGCCGCGCUCAGCGGUGGCGUGGGCUACAUCUUUGUCGGGAAUGAGAACCUCGCAGGCGCAAAAGCUGUGCCCAGCGACAUGAUCGGCCUCAUCAAGAGCAUCAAGUCGCUGGUACCAGCCACGGUCAAGGUCGGCACGGUGCAGCGCAACACCGAGGUCAUCAACUACGCCGGCAUUGCCGGCUGGUCGGAGCUUGUAGCGGCUUGCGACGUGCUGGGCGUGAACGUUCAGCCGUACUUCAAUCCGCAGACCACUGCGGACAACGCCAUCAACGUGCUCGACAACCAGUGGAAGGCCAUGGAGGCGAACUUUGCCGGCAAGUUGAUGCUGACGGAGACUGGAUGGCCCUCGGAAGGAACGCUCUCGGGUAACGUCGGCAGCGCGGAUGGCUUGAAGACGUUCUACAGCGACUACAAGGAGUGGAGCAAGUCCAAGAGCGAGUCGUUCUUCUUCCAGGCGUUCGACACGCCAUACAAGACCAGCGCGUUCGAGAAGUCGUUCGGCCUGCUCACAUCGGAUUCCGUGGCCAAGUUCGGCAUUGCCGCCGCGGCAAACGCUGCAGGGACGGUGAGCGCCCAAGUGCAGAAUUAA